AUGACUGUUACUCAGUACGAGACCCAUUUUGUGGAUCUAGCUCGUCAUGCCCUUAUCUUGCUUCCUACUGAGAGGGAGAGGCUGAGAAGAUUUAUUGAUGGACUCACUUACACUAUCAGGCGACAAAUGGCCAAGAAGACCGGGACUGAUAUUUCAUGUCCAAUUUUUUCUAAUAUAGUAACAACUCUCAAUCCAGAUUUGAUCAUAUAUGACAUUUUCCAAAAUUGGGCACCAAAAAUAGCUUCGUCGUUACAUAUUCCUGCUGUUAGCUAUAUCAUUCUUGGAGCAACAACAGCUUCAUUUUUCUAUCAUCUUUAUGCAUUUGAUGGCACGAAAGAUUUUCCAUUUCCAGAAAUUUUUCUACCUCGUUACGAGUUAGAAAAAUUAUACUCCGAAAAUGCAUCCAUGACGAAAUUCAUAGAUGACAUUUUUGCUAGUAGUGGGGUUGCAAUGUCACAAGAUAUCAUUUUGAUCAACAAUUGGAAGUGCACUGAGACUAAGUACAUGGAAUAUUUCUCAAUUUUAACUAAGAAAAAUGUUAUUAGUGUCGGUCCGCUAAUAGGGAAAACAGAGAGCAGAGUGGAGGACUCUGAAGAUAUCAUACAAUGGCUAGACAAAAAGGAUCCAUCUUCAACUUUGUAUGUAGCCUUUGGUAGUGAAUGUGUUGUGAACAAGGAAGAAAUCGAAGAAAUAGCUCGUGGACUCGAGCUUAGUAAUGUAAAUUUCUUAUGGGUUGUUAAUUUUUCAUUAGAUGAGAAGAUUAGUGGUAUCGAUGAGAUUCUUCCAGAAGGAUACAACGAACGUGUGAAAGAAAAGGGAAGGAUUGUGACCAAAUGGGCACCUCAAGCAAAAAUACUAAGGCAUUCUAAUAUUGUUGGAUUUCUAAAUCAUUGUGGAUCAAAUUCUAUAUUAGAAAGUUUGCAUUUUGGGGUGCCUAUAAUUGCUAUGCCAGUGCUUGUUGAUCAAUUUAUAGCUACAAGAUAUAUGGUGGAACUUGGUGUUGGUUUGGAAGUGAAGAGAGAUCAAAAUGGAAAAGUGAAAGCAGAAGAGAUAGCAAAAGCUAUAAAGAAUGUAAUAGUGGAGAAGAAAGGGGAAGAGUUAAGAGAGAAAUCAAGGGAAUUGAGUGAGAAGAUGAAAAGGGAAGAAGGUAAAGAGAUAGAUGAAGCUGUGAUUGAGCUUCAAAAGCUUUGUUUGAAGAAUUCUUAA